GCGUGGACCGGAAUCAUCUCAACUUCUCGGUUCCUCCGUGGGAACAAACUCUUUAACGCGUCGUGUUGACGUUCAGUCCAGUUGUGGGUCCACAGCUGUUGCAGCGUGUUUACUUCCUGAAUCAGCUGAUCGCCGCUCGUCCGCCGACAUGUUGAUCCGGGGUCGGUAGCUCCUCGGCCGGGUUCAGCCUGGAAGACUUCCCGGAGCUCCGGGGUCCAGCCACCGGCGCGACUGUAGAUUUACGGCCGUGAUCGAGUCCUGACGCGCGGCCGUUCAUCACCGGAGCCGCCGCCGGAGUGUGCGUGAGUCCCGGCCCCGCCCACGCCUCCUCCCGUCGGGACGUCCAGCUGAACAAACCCGACGGGCUCAUCCCGACCACGGACACACCGAGCAGACCCGCUGCCCAUGGCGUCCUUCAUCUCCACCCUCCUCUUCCUCGCCACCGUGAUGGGCGGGGCUUCUCCUGCUGUCAGUCAAACCAGCGAGCCCACAGAGCCCACCUGCUACGACUGGGGGGAGUCCCGGGAGGCGGCGGUCUCGGUCCUGGAGGGGGAGGCCGGUUGGCUGUCCUGCCCUCUUUUCUCUCAUCCCUCCGUCUACAACUACACCUCCACCCAGAGCGCCGGGCACAACCUGGUCUGGUACCACGUCCCCGAGAACCAGGACAUGGAGCAGCCGCUGUCCAACAGCCCACGGCUCAGCAAAGACAAGGACAGAGUGUGGCUGCAGCCGGCCGACAGAGCCGACGCCGGCCAGUACAUCUGCAUGCUACGCAACAAAUCGUCGUGCAGUAAGAUCGCCAUGCGCCUGAGAGUUUUGCGGCGAGACGAGGUGGUUCGCAGCACCGACUGUGAGCCUCCGGUUGCCGUGGCGCCGACGCAUGUCGUCAUGGAGCUGCAGAAGGGGAAGAAGCUGGAGUGUCCAGACCUGCAGGAGGCAAUCAAGAUGUCCAACACCACGCCCACGGUCACCUGGGUCCAUGUGAUGCCAAAACAGUGUUCCCCGUAUUCGACGUGGAACUCGGACCGGGAGCAGAAAGGAUCCAGUCUGCAGUUCCACGUCAUGUUGGAUUCUUAUCAGGGUUUCUACUUCUGCAUCGUCCACUACCAGAGGAACGGCAAAGCUCUCAACUUCACCAGGAGCAUCAACGUCACCGCAGUCUACCCAUCUAAUGUCUCCAAAGACCCUCAGAUCCUCCGGCCUAGUGGACACCAGGUCAUCACUGUCAAACCAGACACUGAGGUGCGUUUGGUUUGUGAAGCUCUGUUUCCCGUCCUCCUGGACAGUCCUUCAUGGGACAUCUGGUGGACGGUGGACGGGAAGACGUUGGACAAACUGGCCGAUCACCAUCGAUUCUCCCAGAGCACCAGGGUGGUGAAGUACGAUUAUGGCGACCAGAAUGUGGAGAACAUCCUCCUGAUCCAGAACCUCCAGUCCGAGGACGUGAACCGAGAGUUUACCUGCAUGGCCAGGAACCAACGGGGCCAGGACAGUCGCAGAGCUCAGCUGGAGCUGGAGGUGUCGCUGCCGUCCGUGGAGCUGGGCUGUGGUCUGGGCGUCACUCUGGUCCUGAUGCUGCUGCUCUUCGUGGUUUAUCACGUCUUCUGGUUGGAGCUGCUGCUCAUCUACAGGUCCUGGUUCGGUACCGACGAGAGGCACACAGAUGAUAAGGAGUACGACGUGUACAUCUCAUACGCCAGGAACAGUGAAGACGAGACGUUUGUCCUGUCGACUCUUCGUAGAGUCCUGGAGAACGAACUGGGCUACUCAGUGUGUAUCUUUGACAGGGACAGUCUACCUGGAGGGACCAUCACUGAUGAGACUCUGAGUUUCGUGGCUCGUAGCCGGCGCCUCCUGGUGGUGGUCAGUCCGGGCUACGCCUCCCAGGGCUCCCAGGCUCUGCUGGAGCUGAAGGCCGGUAUCGACGGCAUGGCCCUGGGGGGGCACCUCAGGGUGAUCCUGGUCCAGUACAAGCCGGUCCGGAGGGAGGGCUGGGUCCGCGAGCUGAGGCGGGCCCGGGUGGCUCUGGCCCUGGUCCGCUGGAAGGGGGACAAGUCCAAAGAGCUGUCGUCCCGGUUCUGGAAGAGGCUGAGGGUGGAGUUACCGGUGAGGAGGGUCAGCACCAGGGGGGAGGAGGAGGAGGAGGAGGAGGAGGAGGAGGAGCGGGAGCAGGAGGUGGCUCUGAAGAGGCUUCACAGUCAGAACAGCACCAACUCCCAAACAGGCCUCAUCAGCAACACCGUCAAAGACCCUCAGAAAGUCCUCAACUCUGCAGCGUAGCCGGGACCAGGACCAGGACCGGGACCGGGGACAGGACCAGGACCGGGGACAGGACCGGGACCGGGACCAGGACCUGGACCAGGACCAGCACCUGGACCUGGACCUGGACCUGGACCAGGACUAAGACCCUACUUCCCUGUUCCUCCAUUCCUUCCAUCAUUUCUUUCAUUCUUACUUUAAGUUUAAGACUGUUUUUAUCCUCACUUUGUUUUCACUCUUUACAUUUUACAGUUUAAAAAAAAGGCAGCAACAAACCACAGACUCAUAAUAAAUAAUAAUAAUAAUUUAUAUUAUUAUUAUUAUAAUCACACACUAAGAAACAGCUUCUAAAGACCCAGAUCUCUGAUUCUGUGAUCAUGGCUAACGUUAGCAUCGCCUCUGUGUUUUAUGUUCACAUUAAUCCAAACCUUCUGUUUUAAUGGCGGUUACUUCAAAGAGUAUUUAACGUUUAAAGUGUUAGUCCACUCAGUGUUAAUCCUGAGGCCGUUAUGUGCUGAAAAGUUUAUCCAGAGAGUCAAUAAUUUCAUUUAUGGGAAAGAUUUGUUUUAUCUUUGUAGAUAUUUUCUCUCAUAUCACCAUCUAGUGGCCGUUAGAGGAACUGGUUUUCAUUUAUUUCACGUACUUUACGCUGUGAUGUUAAACUUUAGUUGUUUUUCUCAACAAUAGUUCGUCCAUUGGAUAAAGAAUGGAGAUAAAGUUGAGCAUCGUCUGCAUAGAAGAUGAAUCCAUUGAUGUUUUAACAGAGUAAAACUCAGCUGAUUGUUACUUUAAGAUGUUGCGAUGACUCUGCACUUUGUUUUUUUAUUUUUGUUGCUGUUUCCACUUUAUUGUGUUCAGAAUCAAUCGAGGAAUAUAUUUCACUCAUCUGUUUUAACACUUUUAAAAAUCAGUAUUGGGAGAAUUCAUCCUGCACUUUGUCAUGCUUCAAAUCUGUGUCAUUGUUUUAUUUUUAUAUAAAUAUAUAUAAGGGAGGGGGCGGGUGUUGAAUAAAUCCAUUUUUGAUUUAA